AUGCCACCAAAGAUCCAUUUCGUACGCCACGUUCAGGGCGUCCAUAAUCUAGGCCACGAGUUCUGGUAUGUCACCGAUCCUCAAAUUACCGACAAGGGAAAGGCGCAAUGUGCACAACUCCGCGAAGAUUUCCCCCGCCAUUCGUCCAUCGAAAUGGUUGUCGCAUCGCCACUCCGGAGAGCCAUUCAUACGGCCUUGGAAGGCUUCAGUCCAGUGUUUGAAAGGCGCCCGGAUCUUAAAUUAGUCCUGAACCCGGACCUACAAGAAACAAGCGACUUUCCAUGCGAUAUUGGCAGUGAUGUUGCAGCCCUGCGCAAAGAAUUUGAAGAAAACAGUGUAUCGUUGGAUUUCGAUCUGAUGCAUGAUUCCUGGAACCAAAAGGCAAGCUGA